GAGGAUGAGGAUGAGGAUGGGGAUGAGGAUGAGGAUGAGGUUGGAAUUUCUGCUCCUCGUGGUUGCGGCUUUUGCCUCGUGCUGGAGCCAGACCGGGCACGAUCCCAGCGGGGAUUCCCGCCGGGAUUUCGGUGAUUCCCGCCGGGAUUCCCGCCGGGAUCCCGGUCCCGCCGCCCCCAGGCUCCUCCCGCCGCCGCUGCUGCUCCGGUUGCCCCCGGAGCCGGGUCCGGCCCGGAUCCGCUGCCUGGCCCCGCGGCGCUUCACCGGCAGCACCUUCGAGCUGCUCCGGGGGGUCCCGCCGGUCCCGGUGCGGAGCGUCCCCGCCGCUCCCGACCGCCACUGGGUCGAGUUCUCCGUGCCCGGAGCCGCCCGCUGCCUCCGCUGCCGGUACCGGAGCCACAACGGCAGCGCCUGGCUGGAGUCCGAGCCCAGCCCCGCCACCGGCGGCCCCGAUUUGGGCGAUGCCGAGUGCGAACCGAGCACCGGCACCGGGACCCCGCAGAACGGCACCGGGACCCCGCAGAGCGGUACCGGGAUCCCGCGGAACGGCACCGGGACCCCGCAGAAUGGUACCGGGAUCCCGCAAAACGGUACCGGGACCCCGCGGAACGGCACCGGGACCCCGCAAAACGGUACCGGGAUCCCGCAGAACGAUCCUUCCUGGCUCCUCCCGGUCUCGGUCGGUGCCGCCGUCCCGGGGCUGCUGCUGCUGCUCGGGGCUGCGGCCGUGGGCUGGCGAGGCCUCCGGCGGCGGCGUGGACAGAGCCCCACGGUACCGGCCCCGAGCCUCCCCCUGACCCCCGCGCCGACGCCGCUGUCCCGGUGAGAAGUCCCGGGGGUCCCGGUUGCCCCCUCCUCCUUCCCGGUGAGGACACGGAGCCGGGGGCGCCUCCCGGCGUUCCCACGGAUCGAGGCUGGCCCUGGAUCCGGUUACCGGGAGCCCUCCGGGAGGAUCCCGCUGCCUCCGGUGCUGCCGGGGCUCCACCGGACUCGCCGGUGCCAAUAAAGGUGUUCGUCUCCA